CAAUUUGACACGUAGGAGGGGCAGACCAGAUCUUGGAACAGGAAGUAUCCUAUUAUGGAAUGGUUUAGCUCACAUAAACUUCCGGUAGAGCGUGAGCUUGAAGCGAAGUCUUCAUCAGGAAUCAAAAGUCUACAUUUUGCAAACGAAGAAAAUGUCUAAGUCUUUGAAGAAGAUAGUGGAGGAGAGUCGAGAUAAGAACCUCCCAGAGGUGGAGAUGUGCGACAGGGGCAUUUCGAAUAUGCUGGACAUCCAAGGACUAUUCACUCUGUCUAACAUCACUCAGCUGGUCCUCAGCCACAACAAACUCACAGUGGUGCCUCCUAACAUCUCUGAGCUGAAGAACAUUGAAGUUCUAAACAUGUUCAACAACCAGAUUGAAGAGCUGCCUACUCAGAUCAGCAGUCUACAGAAGCUGAAACAUCUCAAUCUUGGUAUGAACCGUCUGAGCACCUUGCCCAGAGGAUUUGGUUCGCUGCCAGCUCUCGAAGUGUUGGACCUCACGUAUAACAAUCUGAACCAGAACUCCCUGCCUGGAAACUUCUUCUACCUCACCACUCUUCGGGCUCUCUAUCUGAGCGACAAUGACUUUGAGGUCGUACCUGUUGACAUCGGGAAGCUGACCAAGCUGCAAAUUCUGAGUCUGAGGGAUAAUGAUCUGAUCUCGCUGCCUAAGGAGAUAGGGGAGCUGGCUCACCUCAAAGAGCUUCACAUCCAGGGCAACAGACUGACUGUCCUGCCCCCUGAACUGGGUAAUCUGGAUCUGACUGGCCCUAAACAGGUGUUUAAAGCAGAGAAUAAUCCCUGGGUCACUCCCAUUGCAGACCAGUUCCAGCUGGGUGUCUCCCAUGUUUUUGAAUAUGUUCGCUCAGAGACCUACAAGUAUCUCUAUGGCAGACACAUGCAGGCCAACCCAGAGCCACCAAAGAAGAGCAAUGAUAAGAGUAAGAAGAUCAGCCGCAAACCACUGGCAGCAAAGAACAAAUAAAGAGAGAACCGAAGAAUCAGAACUCGCUCAGGCAGCCAAGCUCACUGCAUGUGCCUUUUCACUUUUUCUUUUUCAUUUAUAAUACACUGUAUUACAUGAAAAUGCUUUAAUUAUGUUUUUUAAUUCAUAGUGUUAAACACUGUUUACCGUGCCUAAGCCCACAUGGAUUGUUUUUGAGCUUUUUAACUGGUUUAGAUUCUUGGUACUACUUACAGUGCUUGCAUAUAUUGAUUAUAAAUACCCUGCAUAACCACCAGACAAGAAAAAAGACAUUUUUAUGCUGAUGGCCUUGUUAAACCAUGAUACCAAAGUCUGACAGGACAGUGUUAUUCACAAACCCUUUCACAAAAACAAACCCGAGUCUUUUAAUUCAUGUACAAUUAUCUCUAACAGUGAGGAAGCAGAGCCAGUGACACCUGUUCAUUUCAGCGAUCUCUCCAAUUCCACAUUCUCUUUAAAUUAUUUACAGAGCUUUACCAGUGUCCAUUGCAUUUCAGCCUGUUGUAAAUAUGACUGGACAUCAUCAUUUUAUUUUUCAUUUUUAUGCAUGCUUCAAUUCUUUCUUUUAUCAGAGCCUCUCUGUAUCAAAUGUUUCAAAUAAAACAAUCACAGUGUC